CCCAAGAUACCCUCGAUCACCCCUUUUACCUAAACCUGAUGCUUCCUCUUCAACGUUAACUUCCUCCGCCUCUCGAGAAUUAACGAUUUCUCUCAGCUCCGCCGCCUCCGCUCUCUCUCUCAGUUACCGACCACCUUUCGGGAAGCGGCGUCGUUGGCCUCUUCUCCGCUCACUGAUUCAAAUGGCGGAUAUCAAAGCAGUAGUUGGUCUCUCAUGGGAGCCAAAGAUUCCGAAUUUUUCAUCGGCAACCAAACCUAGACUUGGAGUUGAUGCAAAACCUCAAGAAACCAAUCAUCUUUGGAAACCGGCCACCCAGCUUGUGGAUGGCCUCUUUGUGCCACCCAAUAACCCCAAAACGCUGAACAAGUUGCAGAGGAAGCAACUCAAAGACACCACUGGCUCGAAUUGGUUUGACAUGCCUGCACCAACCAUGACCCCAGAGUUGCAGAAAGAUCUCCAAUUACUCAAGUUAAGGAGUGUCAUGGAUCCAAAGAGACACUACAAGAAGGGGGAUUCGCAAACUUCCAAGUAUUUCCAGGUGGGAACAGUGGUAGAGUCCUCAUCAGAAUUCUUCUCAGGUAGACUAACAAAGAAGGAAAGGAAGGCAACCGUUGCAGAGGAGUUGCUUUCUGAUCCUGCCCUUGCAACCUACAGGAAGCGGAAGGUUCGUGAGAUUGAAGAGAAGAAUCGACCGGCUGAUAAUGAAAAAUGGAAGAAUAAAGGGAAGACGUCCUAUAAGCGUGCAAAGCAAAGAAGGCACUAAUGUAUCUCAAUUUUACCAGAUUUUGAAAAUUUAUUGACACAUUGUUGAUGUUAAAUUGUACCAAUGUGGAACCUGUAGUUCAAACAUUGUAUGGGAAGCUUUUAAGUUAUAAUGAUCAUGUGUGGUUCAUUUGCCA